AUGUUUCAUUCUGUUAAACCAACACAAUUAUCGGUAAUAGAAGGCCUCAUUCCACCAAUUCGCCAAAAAUCAUUUUACCAAUUUGACAACAAUUCUUCACCUUACAUUUAUGACAUCACAGCUACCUCCACACAUUGUUUUAUAUCCGAUUCAAUUCAUCAAAUUACUUCCUUUGCAUAUACGAAUUCUAACCUUACAUUCAGUGGUAAAUUAGCCUACCAUACUGAUACAAUAACAAAACUCAAAAUACAUAAAAACCAGUUCAUUAUUUCGAGUUCAAAGGACGGUCGUAUUGCUUUAUGGGAUCUAAGAACCCCGAAUAGUCAACCAACUAAUGUUUUCCAAGCAAAAAAUAGUGAGCCUUUGUUAUCGUUUGACAUCAACAAUUCCGGCACGAUAUUGGCAGCCGGUACUGAGCUCGUAGAAGAAGAUGCAAAGAUCCUCUUCUGGGACUUAAGACAACCCUUUCAUGUCGCUUUUGAAUUCAUCGAAUCACAUAACGAUGAUGUUACACAGAUUCAAUUCCAUCCAACAAAUGACUCUUGCUUUAUCAGCGGUUCUGUCGAUGGUUUGAUAUGCAACUUUGAACUGAAAAGCUUUAACGAAGACGAUGAACUAGUCGGCGUGAUAAAUUCUGGAUCAUCGAUCAAUAAAGCUGGUUAUUUCGGACCAAGUGCUGAAUACGUAUAUUGCUUAACUCACACAGAAACAUUCAGUUUAUGGGGUUUAUCUGAUGUUAACUUACUUUGUGAUAUGGGAGAUAUUCGACAGGACGACAGCAAAGGAGGUACCAUUCAAAUUGAUUACGCUGUCGAUUGUCAGUUCGAUUUUUCCACUAAUCGACUGUACCUUUUUGCUGGUUCGAACCGCGGAGGUAUUAGUAUUUUGCAUGUUGCUAUUAAUGAACUACAAUUAUGUCAAACGCUAAAUGGUGGCCAUUCUGAUAUCGUGAGAAGUGUAAUCUGGAAUCCGCAGAUAAAUAUAUUUCUUUCCGGUGGAGAAGAUUCAAAAUUGUGUAUAUGGGGACUUUAA